UUAUUCCGUAGCGGACUGCCGCAUUGUACGGACGUGCGACGAAUUCGAGGGAACGCGGAUACGCCGGAACAGGCGGUACGCCGUAGCUCGAAAAACAAAAAACAAAAGAGACAAAAGAACCCCAAAAAAAAGAACGCAGCGCACCUGCGAGCGCGACGUGUAUGAAGUUUUCCAGUUCGAGAUUCACCUGGACGACGUGAUCGACGUCGAAUCGACAUCGACCCGGAGCGGAGGAAUUGUGCGGAGUCGCGAAUCGGAGGCAGGGAAUCCUAGGCGAGCGGUCAGGGCAGGCGCUUUCAGUGUUAAAAGAUCGGCCUUUUCUCUCGCUCUUGCGUGGUCGAGGUGUCGAGACUUUUUAAAAGGUCUUGCGAACGGUGAGAGAGAGAGAGAGAGAGAGGAAGAGAGAAAGGGACAGGAAGAGGAGACGCGGAGAAGGGAAAAGAGGAACACAGCAGCCGCGAGCAGACGACGUGUGAAACGGAGACGAGAUAGCGAAAGUCGAGAUGGCGUUUAUGAUGCCUGUGGUGAAAAACGAAUGGGACAUUUACAAGACUAAUCGGAGUCGGCGGUCGUCCGAGUGCUCGAACCCGCAGACCUGUCGCAGCCGAAAGGUCUGGCGAACCCUCACACACAGACGCAGCCGUCUUCUUGCAAAGUGCGGCACGUCGCCCGAUCGUCCCGCCGUCUCGAUUCUCAUGGUGUCCGAAUGUUCCAAGUCGGAGGGCCCGUCGUUGUCGACCUCCCCCGGGUCCGACUUUCUCACCUCGCCGGCGCAUCGGUCCGUGCCGCUGACCUCGCGUCACUUCUCGAGGACGUCCUCGAGGGCGUCGCAGAGCUCCCUCCAGAGCCCGAGCAAGAGCACGGGCACGUCGCCGCCGAAGACCGGCAGCUCGAGCUCCCUCAACAAGUUCCAUAAUAGGCUGGUCGACAAGCUGAAGCGCUCGCUGAAGAAGGCGGAAGACUGCGCGGAGGAUCAGCGGAACCUAUCGUGAAACAUUCAAGGGGUUUUGGGCCGGCCGCCCGCGUCCGGCUCGAAACCGAUCGAGAUCCGUCGCACCUCGGCACCCGCUACCACAUCCGAGUCGAGCAGCAACGUGGCGGCACGCUCGUGUCCGGAUCCGCCUUCAGCCUGGUAAGAAGGAAAGAGAAAGGCGGGGAGGAAAGAGAUAAUGACGGAGAGAAAAACGAGAGGAGCUACGGGCAAACAUAUGUGCGAAUACGCAGACAUGGGGGGGAGAAAGAUCAGGAGCAAGUGAGAGGAGAAAUGCAAGAAAAUACGAAGGAGGAACGAGGAGAGGAUGAAGUUCGUACACGUUCAGCUCGAAAGCACGCGAGCACGCUCAAGUUUGUUAGCCCAGCACGAGCAAGGAGGAAGAGGAGGAGCAGGAGGAGGAAGAGGUUGAAUGAUCCUCGAGCCGUUGUUCGGCUCGCUGGAUGUCGACGGUCGAUCGUGUCAAGAAUCGUCGUGGAUCGAGAGACCUCGAUCGAGCGAUCGGAUAAUGGCAGCCCCGCGCUCGAGAGGACGAAGAGAGCUGCUCGGGACGUUCCUUUGGACCGCAACGUUUUCGAGAUGACAUCCACAGUUUCGUGACAACGUAAAGAGGCCAAACAAUAUCGAUGAGCCAAUAUAACGCGAAGAUCUGAUCUCGCGGAUAAAUUUGAGAAUCUGUUUAAGAUGGCGCGGGGGAAAAGAGGAAGCUGCGGGAGGAUCGCAACCGAUCGGUCGAUCGAUGUUCGAGCGGCGAUUUUGGGCCAGAUCAUCGAAGAUCGUCAUCACUGAAAAAGUCAAAGGAGACAAUCGUGAGGAGGGAGAGGAGGAGGAGGAGUCAGCGUCGGAGGAAGCGAGGUACAUAAUGAUAAAAUCAUCAGGAUUAUAUUGUAUCGCGAACGUUUCGCAUUUCGUUGAAUGUCCGCGAUCGGAGAGUUUACGGGGUAUCGUAGUCACUCGAGUUGCCAGACCUAAAUGUAAUAAGUUCCUUCACAUCGCGCGCGCGCGAGAGAGGGAGAGAAAGAGAGAGAGAGGAAGAGAUCUCUCUCGUCUCGCGCGCGCGUCGCGCUCUAUACGUUGUUCUUUUCCUUAAACGUAGGACGAGAGCGGGAACGAAGAGAUCGAAGGGAGAAAGACAUUCAGCGGGCGCGAAGGUGUUUCCCCGGUGGAGGAAAAGUAAAGACCUGAGGGACGUCGUGAAGGUGCCCGAAAGAAAAUCCGAUGUAACGAAAAGAAAUCUGGUUAUAUAACAGUCUGACGUAGUAAACUGAUAUUUAAAAAAUCGUUCCGAUGUCUUUAAAUGUCCCUGUGGAUCUCUUUCAAUCUUUCUGGCAUCUUUCAAGUAUAUACGCACCUAUUAUCUCUUAGGCAUCCCCCUUUGUUUUCCAAUGCGGAUGCGGAUCUAUUAUUUCUUCGUCAAAUUAUUAUCUUCGCGCGGUGCAUGUUAACCGUGGAUAAGUAGAACCGCGCAUCUCCGAUUCGUAACAACGUAUCCAAUUAACUUUCUCACAACCUAGACUGAAAAGCGUUCUCUAAUCAGUACGUCAAGCAAAAAAAAAUUGUUGGAAGAAGGCUCGUAUUCUUGGCGCGCCAAACAUGACUCCGCUCGAUUCGCACGGGUCGGCCGUUUUAUUUGUUUGCUUAAUUGACAUAUACGAAGUGUGUAUUCGAUAUGAGAAACGAGGGCAGAGCAGAGUCGGCGCGAGAAAAUGCGCGGCGAGAAUACGGGCCAAGAGAGAAAAAGAGAGAGAGAGAAAGAGAGGGAGAGCUCCUAUAUAGCGUAAGAAGCGUCAUAAAAGAUGUCGUUUUUUUUUGUAUCUGUAAGUGUCAAACAGCGGCAUUCGUUGUUGUUCGGAUUAGGUUCGAGUUUGUGUGCCGGAAGCCAGCAGCAACGGCAGUUUCUCUCCGCCUUUGCGGGAUCGGAUCUCGCCGUCCGUCGUGCAGAGGAAAGGACACACCGCAUGUGCGUGUGCGAAUGCACCUCGAGAGUCGGAUCGCCGAGCGUGUGAAGCCUAUUAAAAAAAAAAAAAAAUCGAUUUAUUUUCACCCGCGUAUUUCCUGUUCGACGUCGUUGAAUUGUGUUAUUAAUGUUUCAACGAUGUAAUUCCAAUUUGAUCAAAAAAUGAAAUGAAAUUCGCACAUCUUUAUUUAACACAGUUUGUUACUAAACUUUUUUCAAAGCUUGAAAUAGUAUUUAAUAAGAUUUCGUUCAAAUUAAAAUAGUGUAGGUCGUGUACCAGAAAAAAAAAUGUAAAAAGAUUCUUGACUUUGUGAGAUGAAUUUUUAUCUGCGUAAUGUUAAUGUAAGAAAAAUAUGAGUAGCAUACUCGAGGCUCAAGACGAUCGAAUGUAAAUAAAUUUGCGAAUAUACAUAAAUGAAUUGAUCUCGAGGUGCUGGCCGACGUUUUAAAACUUUUUCAAAGAUAUUUGGAGCGUUAAUUUCUCGAGAAUGGUUUUUUUUCCCCCCCCAGAAAACGUGUCAAACGGUUAUUGACGCAUAUCAGCUUAUCGGGCAAUAUAUUGCUGUUUCCUUCACGUUACAACGCGAUAGCGCUGCAAAGUGCACGACGCGGCCUACGGGAAAGCAUGACAGAUGCAUCCGGUACCAUUAACGACGCAUUCCGCGGUGUACACGUGUCGCAUUGUAAAAGGCACGACUCACGUCGUGCCCCGUUGUAGAUUACCACUCUUCUCAAAUCGCGCGCGGGCCGGGCGAGGAUAUUUUUUUUUUAAACCUUACCGCCGCUUACUCGUCGCACGCCAUCGUCGGAGACAACGUUUUUCCCCUGAGGUUACUCGUAUUUGUUGUUUCGCGUCGUCGCUACAGAGCGCUUGUUAAUUUUUUCACAUGUAUAAUAUAUAAUAUAUAUAUCUAUAUAUAGUGUAUUGUUUCGCGUUACAAGUCCAGUCGGUCGGAGAGAAGGAGGGGUAGAUAAGGGGAGGGGGAGACGCGUGCUCUUUGUAGAUCGCACGUGCAAAGGACUUCGAGUGUUACGAGGUAUAGGAGCGCUACUUCCAUCAUGAGAGAGAGACUUCUCCUGAGAAAGAUAUUUAUCUCCUUUUCCUCCGAGACAUGUCAUUCCGAAGAUACUCUUUUUUUUUUACAUGACUUUAAUAAGAAGGAAGAGUUCCGUUUCCUACGCUUCCCUUCGUUUUUUCUCCUUUACUUUCUCAUCAAAUAGAUAAGAUUUUUUAAAAAUAUCUUUUAUAUGUAUUUUGUUAUUUUUGUAUUAUUCUUAGAAACGCAAUUACUUGGUUUUUUUUUCUAAUCAAAACUUGUUACGUAGGAAGAAAAAUAUUUACCUAACUGAGUGGUGGAUAUAUGUCCUCUACUUUGAUGGCAGAAAUAAUAUCAUUUAUUAAUGAAGUAAAAUUGAAUUUUCAAAAAUUAAAUUUCUAAAUUAAUGACAAAUGAUGAAUAGAAUAAAGUCAUCAAAUUUCUUCAAUUUAAGAUGCAGCAAAUAUCGAAUAAAACAUAUCAAGCGCAAAAAAUUUAUUUCGAAGUUUGAAAAUACAACUAUUAUAUGAAUUUCCAUUUUUUUUCAGUAAUUAAACGAUAAAGAUCAAGUUUAACAAAUUCAUUCCUCUUGUAGUUAACACUCGACGUUCUUCGCGUUCAGACGUUCUGGUUUUUCCUUGCGAUGGGCAUAAUUUGCAUGCUUUCUUUCUAUCGGUUGCGUAUUGGCGUAUUACGAACUGGGAGCAAUUAAGCAAUGCCGCGUGUAACUCUGUGAUAUCGUAAGCUAUAAGAUAGAAUUACUCUGCAACGAUUAACGGGUUAGAGAGGGGAGGUAUAGUUAGGACGGGAUACGUACGAGCGCUUCGAUUCUUCAUCGAUCGCAGACCUGCGUUCUUUGAAAACCGAAUUGAUGAGUUCUUUUUUUGGGUUGGGCUGAACAAUACGAGAAAGUGCUUCAACAAAGGGAUGGUUUCCGACUAAAAAAAAAAUUUUUUUCUCAUGAAAGAGAAAGAACGUUGCUUUCAGGUCUUUUCGGGAGAAAGACGAAGGAAUUCUGGCACACGAGCAUUUGAAGUCGUAUAUAUAUAUAUAUAACAUCCGUCUUAACGUGUAUAUAAUAUUAAGAGUCUAAAGUUCCGAAAGCGUUAUCGUUUAUUGAUUACAUUAAUCUGAAAUCUCAAGAAAAUAUCAUAGUACAAGAUUUAUCCAUUUAUUUCCCGUCGCAAACGGAUUUUGAAAGUACGCUCGCCGACUUAACUUCAAUUUGCAAUGAGCCAAAUGAAAUCUCUAAAUCUCUUCUUAAGUUCGUUGUAUAAUGCAAAAAAAAGAACAGAUUAAUAUACGUCGAUUCGCGCUUUCGGACUCGCGUCGGAUUUAAGAGAAAGCUUAGUCGGUAGAUAUCACGCGGAAAAUUUUGAAAAUUUGCGUAGCUCAACUUGCAUUUCUCUCUUCGGGUGCAGAUGAUGGCAAGGGGAUGAAGACGAAGAAGAAGGGGGGAGGGAAAAACAGGAAGAAUAAAAAGAGAGAAGGAAUCAUUCACACGUCGGUGUGUGCUAAAGUAGAUUGGGAGGGGGGAGUCCAUUUUGCGUAUGAAAGGAUGCAUACUGAAUAAUUUCCAAAAGUUGCCGCUUUAUGUAAGACUGCUUUAGUGAAACAAAGAAAUAUAUCGCAGAGACAAAAAGUAUAAAUUAUCGAUAAAUAUAGGGCGACGCGCCGUGGUGCUGGGCGGAGCACUGGGACGCGCGAUGUUGGGAUCGUAUUAAAUCCACAAUUCGCACAUAUAUAUUUGUAUAUUGCAAAUAUAUUAUAUAUAGUUAUUUAUGUAUAAUAAAAUUAUGCCUUCCGAAGGAACUCGUAAUGUAACAUUAAAUUCAAAUUAAUGAUUGAGUUGGAAGUUAUGACUUUUGAAGCUUUUUGGCACUUGAAUCUGCUACGACAGUCGAUUUCAUUGUUUAUAUGUAUCUUUUCUAUAGAUAUAUAUAUAUUUCUCAUUUGCACUUGGCAAAUCUUAAUUUUUACUUCUCUCGUGAAUCGGUACUGCCAUUUGGUGCGAGCUGGCCAACUCGCGAUCCAACUUCGUGCGUUCCCAAGGUUUCGCCGGUUGAUUCGUACUGAUUAGAAAAAAAUGGUGUUAUUAGAUUUUAGAAAUUGAUGAGAUAUAUAUAAAGUAUAUAUGCGAUAUUCAUUACGGCGGCCUCGGACCGCGGAGUAAACGUGGAUUGGGAUUUCUUUUCUUCGCUCCCUUGUGGAGAUGUGUGCAUUUGAAUUUCACGUUAAAUGUGCACGAUGUAUGUGCCCCUGUUUUUUUUUUUUACUCGUCGAAGGAGACGCAUUUUCCGCCAGUUUAACGCCUCUCGAUCCACUUUCAUUCUACGGUCGCAACGCGAUUGCAAAGCUGUACACAUGCGGAGAUAUAUACAUACGCAUACGUGUAUAUUAUAUAUGCACAGAAUAAAUAAUAUACAUGCAUGCGUACGCGUAAUAUAUAUGUAUAUGUAUAUAUUAUUUAUUACGCGCGAUGACUUGACUAUUUUUUGUAUUAUUAUUACUACUACUACUACUAUUACUACUACUACUGUUUUAUGGUUAUUUGUUAUACUUCACCCGGGACAUUUUGAGCGGAUUCUUGAGCGCGUGUUUGAGGAGAAGCGUCCGAGCCUUUGCAAGUCUUACACGGUGAGAAACGUCGUUUUCCUUCCUUCUCGCGGCAUCAAUCCUUUCGAUAAAGGUCAGCACGGUGUAUCAAUUAAAAUCGCCACGUAUGCCUCGUGUAUGGAAAUCAUUUUCUCGGCGAUACGCGUCGAAGAUCGUUAAUAAUUUCUAGAGACUGACAUAAAAAUUUAAAUUACUUGCAUUCGUUUUUGAAGCACUUGAAAACGGGAAAGGUGAAGAGAGGUUUCUUUUCUCGCGGUAGUAAAACUUGCCGUUACUUCGACGAAGCCCAGCCGUCGUCGAUCGCGCUUACGUACUUUCUCCUCAGUCACGACUAUUGAAUAUCACUGCCAAAAGCCCACGAUUACGAUAAAGCAACAAGAAAAAAGUAGCAUAGAACGGCCCGAUCGGAUCCUUCAUGGCGGCGCGCUCGGAUCAAGCCGUUUCAAUCCGAUCUCCCCCUUUACACAUACACACUAUCUUUCGAGUCUACAUUGACAUAUUUAUCUUUCGUCGGUUAGCGGCUUUCAUUGUUGAGGGAAACCGUUUCUUUCUUUUUCUUUUUUCGUAGGACUUUGGCGUCAACGACGAUACUGAUUCGCGCCAAUGCGUGAAUUCUAUCCGGCUUUUCUGCGGCAUAGGAUGAACGAAGUAAUAUUUACAAAGUCGCGUUUCCGGCAUUUUUCCUCGGUGAAAAAUGUCAGAGAAUCCUCGCAGCAAGUCUUAAUACACAAGUUGGGGCACAGAAAUACAGUGCAGUGAUUCCUGCACGUGUAUAUGUACGUGCAUAAAUCGGAAAUCAAUAAUAACUCUGCUCUUUGCUGUUCAAGAUUUGAACUUUAUCAUCGGCUUUAUCAUUGUGCCAAAAUUGUUUCAGUAAGACACAAACUAUCUGUGUUCUUUGUCCACGAUUAUCCGUUUAUCCUACGCGAGAUGUAUAUUUUUAAUUUUACGAUUCGCUAGAAGAUUUGAUUAAGAGGAAGCAUUGGCACGAAAUCGAAAUUAAUUGAUGAAGAUGAGGAAUCAUUUUUGCGGGGACGGAAGUUGCCGUAUCGUCGUCGAUUGCUAAUUAUCCGUGAAUUUCGUGAUCGAGGAGAGCAAAAAUGAGAAGAUGGAUGCACAUUCCAUGCGUAAUGAUUAUACAUAAUAUAUAAAAUAAUCUGUUAGAAUUCGAUAGGGAAUUAACAUACACAACAUACACACAAACAAACAAAAAAACACACGGAACAUAUUGCGCGCGCCAUAUUGCACUGGAAAAUUAUAAAUGAAGUUUUUGAAUCUUACAAUAGACCUCGGUUUAUCAUUAUUAUGUAUCGUGAUUUUUAUGCCAUGUUCAAUAAAUGAGUUUUAAACAGCUUA